UGAUAUUUAGAAAACUCUAGUUGUACAUUCGCGUACAGCCUCUCUUACAUAACAAAUCACUGAACUGCUAGAUUGAUUGUAUUUUGAAGAGCAAGUGGUGAUUGGGCUGAUAAUCCAGUUUACGAGGUUCUUCAACAUUAUAAGAAGGAGACUAUGAUGGCGGUUCGUUGACCGGUGGUAUGAUGUCUUGUUCUAAAUGUUGUGGUUCCGAUAAAUCUGCAAAGGAAGAUAUCCAAAUCGAUAGCGAUAUUUCAGGCGAAAAGGACGAAAUAUUACUGCAAUCGUCAACGCGCAAUGGACGCAUCCCGCACGAUGAACGGAAUCAUUCUCCCAAUAAUGAAAAAGAAGAUUACGGGAAGAGGAAAAUACGUGAGCUUGUAUGUUAUUAUAUUAACCAUUGUACUCUACAUGGAUUUCAUUACGUGUUCGAAACCAAGUCGAUAAUGCGAAAGGUUGUUUGGUUGACAAUUCUAGCGGUUGCUGCUGGGUUUUUCUUUAAAGAAAUAAAAACAAGCCUUACACAAUAUUAUCUAUAUCCAUUUACUACGACAUCAACUAUUCAAUAUCCAGGAGCAUUGCCGUUCCCUGCAGUAACCAUAUGUGACUUUCAUGAUGUGAGGAAAUCUCUACAUUCCACCAACAAAACAAAGAUAGCAGAUGUCAUAAGCAUUUCGUUUGAACAGUUAAAAGAAACGUUAAUACAAAGUAGUCAGAGUCACGGCUUUACUAAACCAACAGCAUUUUUCGAUACGUCUGAUUUCUACGUAUUUUACUCUUCUAAAGGACAAACAUGUUACACUUUUAAUUCYGCGAGAAACAAAAAGAAUUCCUUAAAGAGUAAUAAAAUUGGYUCAAAAUAUGGRAUAGAAUUUAUAUUAAAUGUUCAACAGCCAAGCUACAGUAAAGUCAAGGAGAGCGGCUUUCGUUUUAUUCUUCACGAGCACGAUGAGUUGCCGUUAAGCCGGGAAGGUUUCAGAGUUUCYCCUGGAUAUGUAACAUACGUGAACUUAAGGCUGGAGAAGGAGAAGAAUCUACCGUCACCGUACAAAACCAACUGUGGGGGGAGAAGUCUGAAGUAUUUUGACAAGUACUCCAGCAGUAGUUGUUAUCUGGAGCUCUUAACAGAAUACGUCAUUAAACUUUGCAAGUGCCGCAUGUGGUUUAUGCCAGGCAAUGUAUCCGUGUGUACAGUUCGUCAGACUACGCACUGCGUAUGGCCCGUUUGGGAACACUUUGAACAAAACUACAACUACACGUGCCCUGAGGACUGCGARAAAACAACUUAUCACGCAAAGCUUUCUUCAGCUCUAUUUAUGCCACAGAAAUUAAUUCCAAUGCCAAAGAACGACUACUUGUUAAAACCCAAGGAUAUGCCUAACAACACGGACGACGCCGUAGACUUUAUCAUGGAAAACUUUGUUGUAGUCAAGCUAUAUUUUGAUGAUCUUCGAGUGGAUAUAACCGAGCAGACACCAUCAUAUGGGUUCUACAGACUUGUAGGUGACGUUGGUGGUCAGCUCGGUCUAGUACUGGGUGCUAGUUUUAUUACAUUAUUGGAGCUGGUCGAUUUGUUUAUUAUGUGGUUCUAUUUCUGGUUAAAAGGAAAAUUCAAGCGACGGACAUCGCGGMGACCGUAGUGUAAAACAGUCUAUUAUCGUUAGAUGUGGCAUGAGCUGCCUGCUUCUCGUCAGUGACCAGGAGCUGCUAAGAACCGACGUCGUUUUAGCGCUUUUUAUCUAUUAGYGUUCACCCUACACAACACGCUAAGUUUUCGUUAAGGAUUUUAUUAAGCGCUUAAUCUAGCGAAGUAUUGCGACCCUGUUGUAAUCGAUCAGCGUUCAUGAAGGGUCUCCAGUUAUAGGGUUGUUGUCAUCGUCCAAAUAUGGUAAUUAUUGCCCCUAUUAAUUAUCUAAGGCAUCUCGGGCAAAAGUCGAACUUCAUUCCUGUUGUUCUAAACGUGAUGAUUUAACAUUGUUUAAGUUAUUAAAGCAAUUCCCUUCUGUUUUAUAAUUGAUCAAGACUUGCGUUUUUAGAAGCAAAAAUGUUUUGGCUUACCAUUAAGCACACACGAUGAAAUGUUUUGCAUGUUUUGCAUUUUAAGCCUUCCUUAAAGCUUAUAAAAAGCAAUUAGAACAGACUGGAUAUGAAGUUCGACGCGCCUAUCAUGACUUAAUAACAUUGCCAUUAGGUAAUUCCUUAACGAUCAACUUGAACUACCUGAUCGAUCAUUGGUUCCUAUAGCGGUGUGUAUAGGUAGUGAUAGACCUGAUCUCCAAMAAUGGGGCUCUCUACUUAUGACGUCAUGUAAUAUUCGACGAGAUGCACCAUGGGUAGUACUAACGGAAUCCAUAUUCUUGUGSUUCUGGGUGCUUGCGAACUGUAAGAAUUAUCGAUUUCUUGGAAAAUUCUCAGUUUGACAAUGAAUGACGAAGGUAUUCACUGGACAGUUAGUUUGACUUGUCAAGAUUUGCAGGUACUUUAAUAAUAUAAAAUGUAAUUUUGCAACGRAACUUCGUUUUCUGUUGUUUYRAUAAGACAUUCGCCAUACCAUGAUGCACUUAGCCAAAGCAAAGAUGACGUUAUUGGUAGAAAAGACUCUCAGAACCGUCGUAAAGAUUAUAUAACUAUAUCCUGGUAAAUAUACAGGGAAGCUGCAGGAUGGUUUGACUCAACAUAUCCUGACUAACAAUCAAAGUGAUUUUUAUACUUUUUUAACAAUCGCUAACGGUCCCUUAUGGAGUCUAUUGGAUCAUUCCAUGACAGAUAAGGACCCUAGCAGAGAAAUACAAUAUAAACAAGUAGAUGAGUCCCUUCUAUAUAAGGACCCACUUGGAUUGAUUAAGACUCUAGUUAGUUACAGUCAUAAAAGAAUAAGGCCUGAAAGAUAAUACCCCAAAUGACUUAAUUGUAAUUGGAAAUUAGACGUCGAACUUUGCCUCGUCGAACAARGUAUAUAAAACUACAAAAUCAUUUAUUUUUACAAUGUUUUCGACACGGGGAAAGUCUGACGUUUGACCCAGUGUUUUUAGAUKAAUGUAGUAGAAAAAGCUCCUGCUUUUGAAAUAUUUUAAAACGCAGUGCGUUGAAGAUGAUCGGAUAGAAUUAUUUUGGAGACUGAUUUAGAGUGUAYAMUAGAGGAUAACUAAAAGUGUGCAAUAUUUUGUACUAUUGACCGUUCCUAGAAUUCCAGCACAGUCAAGAAUACGUCCUCGUUCCUGGGGAAGAAUAAGAAUAUUCUAUCAAUAUACACAUAGAUCCUGUGUUAAGCACUACGCUUGCAAUAGAAUUUUGAGAAUCGUCAAUGUACAACUAAGUGUUGCUAAAUCUUAAUAGUAGAAAACAAUAGCAUAUAAUUUACUAGUACUAUAUAGUGCACACUUUUAGUGUUCGUACUCUAGGAUUGUAGAUAAUGGUAUAUAUAAUAUGUGAUUAUAGACGGGGUUUAAUAACGCAACUUUCUAUUGUAAAUAACAGCCGCGGAUAUUCAAUAAAUCCUGACUUGGACGAAACGAAA